AUGUCUUGCGUCGAGUACGUGAAGGGUCAAGCCUUCGAAGUCGGCCCGCGCUACAGAAGUCUCACCUAUAUAGGCGAAGGAGCCUAUGGAGUUGUCGUAUCUGCGAGAGACACAGUCACGGGCGAGAGCGUCGCGAUCAAGAAAAUUUCCCCUUUCGAACACCAAACCUACUGCCAGCGGACCUUGCGGGAAAUGAGAAUUCUCACUCGCUUCACGCAUGAGAACAUCAUCGAUAUCCGAGACCUCCUCGGAGCCCCGACCGUCGACCUCAUGAGGGAUAUCUACAUCGUCCAGUGUCUCAUGCACACGGAUAUGUGCAAACUCCUCAAGCAUCAGAGGCUAUCGAACGACCACGUUUGCUACUUCCUCUAUCAAAUCCUCCGCGGCUUGAAGUACAUUCAUUCAGCGAAUGUUCUGCAUCGCGACCUGAAGCCCAGUAAUUUGCUGCUCAACUCUUCGUGCGAUCUGAAAAUCUGCGAUUUCGGAUUGGCGCGAGUUGCCGAUCCCCAGCUGGAUCACAGAGGUUUCCUAACGGAGUACGUGGCAACUCGCUGGUAUCGUGCUCCUGAAAUUAUGCUGAAUUCGCGAGGCUAUACCAAGGCGAUUGACAUCUGGAGCGUGGGGUGUAUCCUAGCCGAAAUGAUCUCGAACAAACCUAUUUUCCCGGGCAAACAUUACCUCGAUCAGCUCAGCCACAUCCUCGCCGUUCUUGGAACGCCGAGCGCCGACGAUCUGAAUAUCAUACCGAAUCAGAGAGCUCGUACAUAUAUCCAGAGCUUACCGGCCAAACCCAAGAUUUCUUGGACUCGACUCUAUCCGUCGGCGGAUUCGUCCACUCUCGAUAUUCUGGCGAAGCUGCUGACUUUCAAUCCAGUCAAAAGGAUAACGGUCGAGGAAGCUCUGGCCCAUCCUUAUCUCGAGCAAUACUACGAUCCCGCGGAUGAACCAGUGGCGGGAACCCCCUUCACUGCUGAAAUGGAGAUCGAUAAUCUACCAAGGGAAACCAUAAAGAAAUUGAUGUUCGACGAGAUACGGUUGUACGCAGCUAGGGUUUGA